GACAGCGGUUGCCAUGGCAACAGUAGCCUAACGUAACGUCCGUUGAUUUAAAAAUCCAACAGGUACUGGCCAGCCGUCGACCAGUCGAGUUUAUUUUAACAGACGCUUUUUUGGACAGAAAUGGUUGUUAUUGGUAGUUAAAAAAUAGACGCUUGACUUUAAAACGAAGUAUUUUACAGAAGGAAGAUGGAGUUAGAGGUGACGGAGACUGUUCGCUCGACACCGAGUCGCCACGAGAAAAGUUUGGGGCUCCUCACGAUGAAGUUUGUCAGUCUGCUUCAAGAAGCGAAGGAUGGCGUGCUGGAUUUGAAAGUGGCUGCAGACAGCUUGGCAGUGAAACAGAAGAGGAGGAUAUAUGACAUUACCAACGUACUGGAAGGAGUCGGGUUGAUUGAGAAGAAAAACAAGAACAUAAUCCAGUGGAGGGGAGAGAACUCAGGCAGCCAAACUCAGGAGGUGUUGGAGCAGCUGAAGGUUUUGAAGGCCCAAAUCUCUGAGCUGGAGGCCCAAGAGAAAGAGCUGGACCUCCAGAAGGCAUGGCUCGAGGAGAACAUGACACAUCUCAACCACGAUCCCAUCACCAGCACUUAUAAAUUUGUCACGCAUGAAGACAUCUGCAAUGCCUUCAGUCGAGACACUCUUCUUGCUGUAAUGGCUCCUGCUGGGACGCAGCUGGAGGUACCUCUGCCAGAAACG